AUGGGUGGCGAUUGCGGUGCCCCGAUUGUUGUGUUCUGUGACACCUUGAUACAACAAGUUGCUGCGACAAACUUCAACACCUGCAUCUCUGAAUUGAAACUGAACAAUCAAAGCACAUAUGGAGGUCUCGAUAACAAUAGGCAGAGUGUUCCGAUGGCAAAUGCGACAGCAAUCACAUACGAAUUGUGCAGGGUCGCUUGUGGGACUGCGCAGGAGCCAUUUACAUGGACCAAUUUCUCGCAGCAGUUCAGUGCAUGGCUGCUUCCAUACCUCGCACUGAUAUCCCAGCUGCCAUUCGGUGCGAAGCACAGACUUGACAAUCUUAUGUCUGUGUUCCUAACCGUUGGCUCACCCGCCCUUGCUGGCUACUCCCUCGUACUGACAGUCCUUAAUGCACGAUGGGUCACUCGUCGCUUUGAGGCCGUUUCUUAUCCAAAUAAGGGCUAUGCAGUUCGUAUACUCAAUGGUCUUCAGCAUGCACCAUUGCGUAUAGCCUCCGAGGAUUCACUGCUCUCAUCUCUCGUACUCUUACCACAUAACGACGACUGGUGGUGCGAACUUGCUGACUACCUCGACUACACGCAUACUUGGUCUAUUUCAGCAGCGACGUCCAUCGUUUGGGUCAUCGUCGCUUUCAUCUUCACCGUUGUAGACUCCCUCGGAAACGUCUCAGAUAAUAUAAACUCAAAUGGCCAAGCAGUAGGAUCAAUCUGGUUGUGGCUUUUGCCAAUCGUUAUUGGAUGGUUGCAGCUUUCUCCCAAAUGCGAUUCGGCACGCCUGCGCAUCGCUAUCACCCGCGCCAAUGCGAUCGCAUUCGUAGCCAGUGAUCAUGGUGUAGUGAAAGCGUCUGCUAUAUCUAACAGGCGUGCUGUGUCGAUCGACGCUUUGAGCGAGGGAUCGCUCUCUUCUGCUGAUGAAGACCGAAGCCCACCUAUUUAUAAUUACGCUCGGUCGCUGCAUUGGUCCCACUCAGCAGAGGAGGUGUUGACAGCUUUUCACAUGGCAUCGAAGAAUGCGAGUGCCCACAGGCCAGUAGAUCCAGGAGUGCUGUGGCAGGAGGGCGACAAAGGUAAUGAUAUUCACCCUGAUAAUCGGGUGGGCUCCCCAGAGGCAGUGGACGCAUACUGCCAACUUCCCCAGUACACAAUUCGAAGUAGGUGGGCAGCUGGAGUUUUCUCUAGGAUGGCCAUCGCGUCUUUAAUUUCACUCGUGAUGCAAUGGGGCACUACAGGCGCAGCGAUAAUAGUGGUGUGGUUUACUCCUACUAUUGGCUUGGGAUGCCGGUCUGGGUCAUUUGUCCUUUACGGGGUGUUAUCGACACUCGUGUGGAUAAUGCUCGUUACCUCCAGUAUUCUCGUCCAUUAUUCGUCAUACAGCCAACAGUCUCUCUCAGCUCGUCUUGCCGCUCUAGGUGCCAAGCAGCUGAACUGGAUGGGGAAAUUCGUCGCCAUCUUUAAUUCGGUAUGGAUCGUCGCCAUAUGCGUGUUCCAGUUCAGCAAUGUCUUCGACACUUGUUAUUGUAACUCCAGUGUCCUCGGACUCGGAAAGAACGCGUUUGAUGUCAUCACUUUAUCCGCCCAAGAGCUCGGUAUCAUACGAGGAUCCUGGAUUGGCGGUUUGGUCAUGGCGUCAGUAUGUUCUAUUGGAUUCAUAAGCCUGAUGAACUUGCUAGUCGACCCUUCAAACUAAACGAAUGUUCGACAUGAUGCAUUAUCAUCAUAUACCCCUCUGCGUAUUUAUUCAAAUUAUUAACGACUUACAUUUAUCUUUAUCAGCACAUAAUCGUGCUAUUGUGACACUUAUACCACAUUACUGCUAUAUCUUGAAGACAGACAUACCUCACUUACACUUAUCAUUCUCAUAUAAUUCCUCACUGUACCAACGCAAUUAUGUACCCAAUUAGUGCAUUUCUUUUGCGUCUUGAUGAUCAGGAUGCGAGCCGUACUAGGUUGUACUCACAGAUCAUACGCGCACGAUGCCAGUG